AUGGCCGACAGAGAGAAUCCACAACUCUCACAGGAUGACCUCCUGGCUCGAAUCGCCGAGCUUCAGGCAGAAGUGCGAAAGAUAGCCGAGCUAUCAACCCAGAACAAUGGAGAAAGCUCCAAAGGCUCGGCCCAAGGUACCACAGAUCCUUUAAACAUUACCCCGCCAAAAGAGAAGCUCACCUUCGACAACCCCUUCUCCGAGGAGAUCACAAACUACCAAAUGCCAAAGAACUUUACACUGCCCACUGCACUAGAACCAUACAAGGGGUUCGGGGACCCCCGAGCCCACGUAAAGAAGUUCCAAUCAAUGAUGUUCUUCAAUGGUCCUAACAAUGAGCCUGUCCUCUGCCGAGCAUUCCCUACAUACCUUGACGGCGCUGCAUUGCUCUGGUUUUCUAAACUUUCUGCAGGUUCAAUUUCCUCCUUUGAAGACCUAGCCAGGUCAUUCAUUGACUAUUUUGCUGCAUCAAGGAUAUACGUACAUGGAUCAGAUUACCUCGGCACCAUCAAGCAAGGCCAGCACGAGAGCUUGAAGGACUAUAUGACCAGAUUCGCAGAUGUCACUAUGGAGAUCCAGGACUUGGACCCGGCCGUCCACCUACACGCUCUAAAAGCCGGCCUCAGGCCCGGCAAAUUCUGGGAGACCAUCGCUAUAACAAAGCCUAAGACACUAGAAGAGUUCCGGGAAACGGCGGCAGGUCAAAUGGAGAUUGAAGAACUCCGUGAGGCCCAAAAGUCAGACAAGCGACCACAUCGGCAAGAGGAGGAAAGAGCUUUCAGAUCACCAAGCUGUAGAGAUAUUAAGAAGCCUUCCAAGCUCACGCCAAAAUACAACACAUACACCAGAUUCAACACCAAGAAAGAAAACAUCAUCAGAAAGAUCCUCAAUGCCAAAAUCAUAAAGCCACCAGCUCGAGCAGGGAGCUACCAGGACCAAAGGUUCGUGGACAGAACUAAACAUUGCGCCUUCCACCAGAAGUUCGGCCACACCAUGGACGACUGCAUUGUCGCAAAAGAUCUCCUAGAAAGGCUGGCAUGCCAAGGACUCUUGGACAAAUAUGUCGAGAGCCGGAAGGGCAGAAGAGAAAACUCGGAUAGGGAAGAGAACAAAUAG